AUUGAAAGCCAAAAACAGAGUCAUUGUUUGAUGCUUAUUUAUAUACGAGUCCACAAAUGGAAUUCACUCAAGUCUGUAAGCAUAAAUUGUGUUCACUUAUCUUAUUAUGUAAUUAUGUCAAUGAAAAUGGAUCCAAGUAAAUAUGUUCUACAAAUACUGUUGCAUUAAAUUACAUGUUGACUCUUGAAUUGGUAACAUAUAAUUUUGUACGAUUUCACGAAAUACGUGUUUACUGCGCAAAUAUAAUUACAGCGGGAACAGAUUUUCCGUAGUUUUGAAGUCGUUGAGGAUUACUGUUGUAGAACUGAAUCUAAUGGAGUUAAGAUUGCUUUUAGUAUUCGUAAUGUACGUGGAAAUGUCCAACUGCGGGAUGAUUUUAUCAAUGAUUGAUAAUUUAAUUGAACAUACUAAUAAUACGCAGAUUUUAUCAGGAUUUUUAUGUAACAAAAAAGAUGGCUUACUUUUUUUACAACACUUUUCUUCGAAAAAGUUUCAAGUCAACAUUUUUCCGCUACAUACUUUGGGAAUUCCGUACCCAAUUCCUCCAAGUUUCUCAACUUUUGUGCUGGAUGCAUACUGUUCCAGUGCCAAGCAUGUGAUAUAUCUGGCAAAUAAAACAAAUUUAUUCUCCAAUCCUUUUAAGUGGAUUAUCUACCACAAUGUAGCCAUCGAAACUGACAAGUUAAGGGAGGAUUAUUUUAGUAACAUAAACGUUUUAGUUGAUAGUGAUGUUACUAUCUGUAUACGAAAGACGGAUGACUUGUUCAACAUAAUCAAAAUUUAUAAACGACACAUCGAUGGUCCUUUACUACUAGAAAAUAUAGGUACAUGGUCAUUUGAUCAAGGUCUCAUUGACAAUGGAUAUGAAAAAAUUACAUACAAACGGAGAAGAAAUCUCAUGAAAACCAUUUUGAAAUCUUCUAUUGUGCUUACAAACAAUGAUUCGAUAAAUCACCUAACAGACAAAAGAGAUAUUCAUAUCGACAGCAUUGCGAAAGUAAAUUAUGUUCUGGUAGAACAUCUGGCAGAUACUCUAAAUGCUACUUUAAAAUAUUCCUUGCAAAAUACUUGGGGUUAUAAGGAUAAAAACUCAAUGUGGAGUGGGAUGAUAGGGGAGUUGACACGGAAAGAAGCAGAUAUAGGAGGUACAGCACUUUUCGUCACUUCCGAUAGAGUCGAUAUUAUAGAUUAUAUUGCAAUGACAACGAAAACAAGGUCGAAGUUUAUUUUUCGGCAACCGAAACUGUCAUAUGUUAGUAAUGUUUUUACCCUACCAUUUGAUGACUACGUUUGGGCCAGCAUCUGUGCUUUGUUUGUUAUUAUAGCGUUUAUUUUAUGCAUUGUCAUCAACUGGGAAUGGAAAAAGAAGAAAUACGUAGAACUUUUGAAUGAGACCAAUGAGAUUGAAAUUCGCAAUUCUUGGAGCGAAGUUGCUUUCGAAACAUUUGCAGCAAUGUGUCAACAAGGCACCACAACUGUCCCUUAUAGUAUACCGGGCAGGAUAACUUUAAUUUUUCUUCUUGUUUCUUUCAUGUUUUUGUAUACUUCUUACUCUGCAAAUAUAGUUGCUCUAUUGCAAUCAUCAUCAAAGAAUAUUCAAACUUUGCAAGAUAUUCUUAAGUCUCGUUUAGAUGUAGGCGUUGAUGACACAGUCUUCAACCGUUUCUACUUUCCGAAUGCUACUGAACCGGUACGUAGAGCACUAUACUUACAAAAGGUAGCUCCACCUGGACAAAAACCUAAAUUCUAUCCCAUUGAAGAGGGAAUAAAACGGAUGAGAAACGGUUUAUUUGCAUUUCAUGUUGAAACAGGCCCCGGUUACAAAUUUGUGACCGAAACAUUUCAGGAGGACGAAAAAUGUGGUUUACAAGAAAUCCAGUUCUUACAAGUACCUGAUCCAUGGUUGGCUAUACAGAAGAAUUCGUCGUAUAAAAAGAUGUUAAAAGUGGGACUUCGUUUGUUGCAAGAGAAUGGUAUACAAGAACGGGAAGUCGGCUUAAUUUAUACUAAAAAACCUCAAUGUUUGUCAAGUAGCAGCAGUUUUAUCAGCGUCGGAUUGGUGGAUUGUUAUCCCGCUGCUGUUGUUUUGGCCGGUGGUUUAGGGGCAGCGGUAUUCGUUUUGUUUCUAGAACUGUAUGUAAAUAAUAGAGUCAACCAUUACUCCAGAAGAAGGAAGAAGUGUGUCAAGCUUGUUCCGGGAGAAGUUAAGAUAAAAACAUAUACAAAAAUUUAGAUUAUGUGUACAGAGGCACUUAUCCGUGCCAUUAAAAGUUAAUCACACACGAUCAAAUUUACAGGAAACAAUUGCAAAUUAGAUUUUAAUUCAAAUUAAAUAUUUAAUUCACAUGUUAUAAACAAACACAUUUUUAGACACUAAUAAUUUAUUAAUUACAAAUACUUGCGAUUCUUAAAUGCAGUAUUUUAUACCAUAGAGUUAAAAAAAAAUUACCAUGGGAAUUCCUACGAACAUUUUUAAAAAAGAUGCACUGUAUAUCUGCAUACAAAAACAAAUAUGUAACAAGUUAUUCUAUCACUGUA